AUGACGAAGCGGCGCGAGCUGAACGUGCGCGAGCUGCUCGAGCUGGAGCGCCAGAUCUACCAGGAGAGUAUCGACCGCGUGCGGAAGCAGCAGGAGGAGCUGAAAGCCGGGACGCUGGAGGACUUUGUCCGGCGCUGCCAGCCCUUCGAGGCGGAUCGCGAGCGCGAGCUGCAAGUGGCGCAGCACCAGUACCACUUCUCGCUGCAAGACGCGUCCAGUCUCUUUGAGUUCGACGUGCAGCAAGCAAACGACGUGCUGCGGUCGGACGAGCAGCAACUGAAACUGGAGCUGCUCGAGCGCACCCAACAGCGUCGCCGGCGAAUUGGACAGCGGCGGCAGAUGUUGCAGGACGGCAUUGUUGACACGAGCAACGUGAAGGCAGUGAACGUGACGCAUUCGGAUCGCGUCGACACGCGGCUGACCAAAUUGGAGCCUGAGCUGCUGGAAAAACAGCUGCGGCGUGCACGACAGCGGAUGAGGACGAGGUUCAAUUUUCGACACUUGUCGCGAGUGCAGAGGAAUCGAGAACGAGACGAAGGGGUCAAGAUGGGGCAAGAGGAAGAGGCGGAGCAAGAGGUGGACGUAAUCGUUGAUGAGGUUGGAGAGAAGUUGAUGUGUCGAGGACGUGUUGGCGAGAAUGGUGCCGUGAUGGACGAGGCGUUUUGUGUGGGCGAUCCAGUGGUGUUGUUGUCAAAGUUGACGGAGGAGGACUUUCAAGGAUUCGUGUCGGCUCUUUCAGAAGGAGGAAGUCAAGUUGGUGCUGGUGUGUGGAUCGCACGUUCGCGUGACGCUUUGCACGACUACGUAGUGGGCAAUGUGCUCUUCGAAAGCAAUCGGAGACAGCUAACUCGGAACCGAAAGCGUUGCUUGGCGUUGCGGCUAAUUUGA